CGCCAUUGUUUUCGUAGCCCUGGUCACACGUACGAACUGAACCAAUAUCGACGCGCUGCUCGGUUCAAAUUGCUUUUUAAAAUUUUUAAUUGUGCAAUAAACGAUAAAAAAAUACUAAAUCAAUAUCGUGAAUUUAAUUUGGGCCUACCUACUAGCCCAUCAGCUCUCAACUUGGUAAACGCGUAAAAGGCGCGAUCAAAAAAGACGGUAAACUGGGAGAUAUGGAAAACGCUGAUGCGACUUCCCAGUCGGAUCCCCAAAUUGACUACAAGACUCCCAAGAAGACCCACUCGCUGAUCGACAGUGAGCAGUUGCUAGACAAGAUCAAUAUCCUCACCACUAAGCCGGAGAACCACUCCCAGAAUGCAAAGCUUCCCACGAUCAAGGACUUUGUCAUCAUCAAACCAAUCAGCCGAGGAGCCUUCGGUAAGGUCUUCCUGGGCUACAAGAACAAUGACUCCAACAAGCUGUUCGCCAUCAAGGUGAUGCGCAAGUCGGAGAUGAUCAACAAGAACAUGGUCUCCCAGGUGAUCACCGAGAGGAACGCCCUCGCCCUGUCCCGUUCGCAGUUCUGCGUGAGCCUGUUCUACUCGCUGCAGUCGCUGUCCUACGUUUACCUAGUGAUGGAGUACAUGGUCGGGGGAGAUCUCAAGUCCCUGCUGGCCAUGUACGGAUAUUUCGACGAGGUCACUGCCCGUUUCUAUGUGGCCGAAAUGGUAAUGGCGCUGCAGUAUCUCCACCAGCAUGGAAUCGUCCAUCGCGACAUCAAGCCGGACAACAUGCUCUUGUCCGCCACAGGUCAUGUCAAGCUCACAGACUUUGGGCUGAGCAAGAUCGAUAUGCGAAGGGAUUUGGAAAUCUCCGACUUAAUCAACUGCUCCCCAAACUUGAAUGCCCGGACCCCAGGCCAGCUUCUGUCGCUCACCUCGCACUUGUCUUUUGGUUCCGAGAAGAAGUUGCAAGACUAUGGCUCCGCUCUGCCAGGACACAUUGUGGCCGGUAUGGGAGGAGCACCCAUGGUUACUGGCACUGGCACUUCCCACCUUCUCCAGGCCAUCAACAAGCAUAGUCUGAUCAUGGAGCUGUCCGACAGCGAGGGUGACACUUCGCUAAAUGAGGCGGAAAAGACGAGUGACAGCAAGAUCUCCGGAGUAUCGCCCUUCUUCUCAGCCGAGGAGGUUAACGAUUCCAUUACCCACACGUGCACCACCAAUAUUAAUCCACAGGACAGCAGCUCGUCCUGCUCUUUCCACACCUGCAAUUCAGCCGACCUGAGUAAGUGCUCGCCGCCGUUGGAGUCCGCUGGAUCAGGAGUCGCGGCUACGGAGGCUGCUCCCACCAAGCGACGCGUGGAGUUUGCUUUGGAUCCAGUUCCCUGCCAGGGCUGCAAGUUGGCCGAGCAGGACAGCAGUAACAACUUGGCCACCAAAGGUGGCAAGCAUUUUCCGAAGCUGGAGAAUGCAAACGAGCCCUCGUUUGAGUUCUCCAUGGUACGCAGGCGAUCCCUCGACGAGCGCAAUCGCUUGUUAAAAGGUCAGGAGGAUUCCGGCGUGUCAAGCCGCAAGGGGGAUGACAACUCCAGUUGCCACCUGAACCUGAAUAGUGAGAGCACCGCCUCCUCUAUCGAGAACAAGGCCGAAAACCUGAGUCAGUCCAAGGAGGACUUCAGCUGCUCGGACUACUCCCGCAGUUACAACAUGACCAAUGGAAACGAGAUGAGUGGGAUCCACAUGAACUCACCUUUUCGAAACCUUUCCAAGCACUUUAAGCGCCCCGACUUUCUGCGCGGCAUGAAACGAAAGAUCAAUCUGGUCAAUCGUUCCGACAACAUGUCCAGUCUGGAUGCCGAUGGCUCCAGCUCGGGCAAUGGCAGCCAAAACACCGGUCUCACCCAGGAGAUCGAAAUCCUGAACAUUGGCAGCAGCACGCCGAAGAAAAGAAAGGCUCGUUCGUCGCCUAUCCGGGGAGUCCUCAAGGUUCGUUCCCUCUCCGAUGACGAACUGCCCAUGAACCAUUUGCUGUGCCCGGAAGCAAACGUGGCCAAUGUGGUCUUCUCCACGCCUGUCUCGUCCCAAAAGUUGCCCCGCCGCGAUGGGGGCUUGCUGGGAAAACUGAAGGCUACUCGCUUCGCACUGCCUUUGUCGAUAGAAAAUAAGAAACGGGAGCAUGCGGCCGUUGAAAAGAUGUCGGGUGUGCACUACCACCUUAAGCUGGCCGACGACCCCACAAUGUCUCCCAUCAACCAUGGCGCUGGUAACCUGCCCAAGACUCCAAAGAAUAUGAAUAUUAAUACACCGUUUCGCACGCCGAAGUCUGUGAGGAGGGGUGCGCGUAUUUCCAAUGAACGCAUCAUGGGAACCCCGGAUUAUCUGGCUCCAGAGCUACUGCUGAAGCAAGGCCAUGGCCCCGCCGUGGAUUGGUGGGCCCUGGGUGUGUGCUUCUACGAGUUCAUGACCGGUAUUCCACCCUUCAACGAUGAGACGCCUCAAAAAGUAUUUGACAACAUUCUGAACAAAAACAUCGAAUGGCCUGAAGGCGAUGAGGCGCUAUCUGCUGAAGCCAUGGAGGCUGUGGAGCUCCUGCUGACCAUGGACCCCGCGGAGCGACCUGCUGCCAAAGAGGUGCAACAAAUGCAGCACUUUGCCGACAUUGACUGGGAGAACAUUGGCAACACAGAGCCACCGUUUGUGCCCACGCCUGACAAUCCAACGGAUACGGGCUACUUUGAGGCCCGGAACAACCUGCAGCACCUGCAGCUAUCCAACUUUGCCGUGGAAGACUGAUUACCGCUCGAACGGAGCCCGGCUGCGCCCGCUUUUCUCAGCCCUGUUAUUUAUUCCUGUCUAAGAGUAGGCCCCCCAUGUUCACCUGUUGUUGUUCGUUUAGCCAUAUGUAUUUAUAUUCUGUGUUUAGCGUUCAUUUGAAUUGUAUCAUUAAAAUUAUUGUACAGUCGAUUCACUCAUCAUUAUUACGAAGGAUAUAUAUGUAUGUAUUCCGGUACAAAUCGCGUCAAGUAUGCGCGAUCUAGAUAACGUAUUUAAUAAAUUUAUAGAAAAGAUGAAAUUGUGUGCCCUAUAAAGGGUGCCCAUUCAGAAUGUAAUGAACUUCUAUGUAAAACAAGAUCACCAAAAACCGUGUCAAUCGAAAAUAUAUUUGGAAUUGGUAUAUUCAUAGUCGAA